AUGUUGGAAUUAAAAGUACGUCGUUGUUGUGAAUUAAACAAUGAGCAACAAUUAUCAGCUAUUUUAUUCAUUGGUAAAAGUUGUGAUAGUGAUGAUUAUGUCAUUGUUGUUAUUAUCAGUGAUAUUCUUAGCUCAUCAUAUACAGCAACUUAUGAUCAGGAAAGUUGGGAAGCAUUACGCAAAGAAGGUGAAUUCAGUACAGAUGAAGAAUUCAUUGCUGAACUUGCUAAUGAGAAGAAUUCAUUGAAUAUGGAACGUUCCGAAUAUGUCCAGAUGAAAUGGAUUCGACCGGAUGAAGAUGGUCUUACGUUUGAAUUCUGUACACUAACACUGAAGUUGGAUACAACUUGGAUGUAUCAUAUUGUGAAUGCUCUUUUGAAGGAACGAAACAUUUAUUAUGAUAAUGCAAUUAGAGAAGAAGCCGUUGUUGCUAGUAUGGAAAGGAGAUUGGAGUUGCUUGGAAAUAAAGUUGAAGAAAUGGACGAUUAUCGUCGAAAUUUAUCCAAUACUUUGAUUUCAAAAUUUGUCGCUAUCCAAAACGGAAAAGUGAGUUCUUGA